GAAGUCUUUCCAGUGAUGCUGGAUCCACUGUCCAACCACACAUCAUUGCCACCUGCCACCUUCUUCCUCAUGGGUGUCCCAGGCCUUGAGGAAGCCCACCUCUUGCUGGCAGCCCUACUCAGUACAAUGUAUACUAUGAUUCUUAUGGGAAACAGCCUCAUCAUGACAAUGAUCUGGAUAGACUCUGCGCUUCAUGAGCCCAUGUAUUAUUUCCUAUGUGUCCUGGCUGGUGUGGACAUCAUUAUGGCAACAUCUGUGGCCCCAAAGAUGCUGAGUGUCUUCUGGUCAGGCAAUGGCAACAUCGGCUUCACUGCCUGCUUCACCCAGAUGUACACUGUCCAUACAGCCACAGCCAUGGAAUCGGGACUACUGUUAGCCAUGGCUUUUGAUCGCUAUGUGGCCAUUUGCAAACCCCUCCAUUAUAAUACCAUUCUCACACCACAGAAAAUUCUGGCCAUUAAUGCAGCCAUUGUGUUGAGAGCCACCGUUGCUUUAAUACCUCUGAGCUGGAUGGUGAGUCAUCUUCCCUACUGUGGCUCCCACAUGGUCCCCCAUUCCUACUGUGAGCACAUGGCUGUGGCCAAACUAGCAUGUGCUGACUACAUGCCCAGUAGCCUCUAUAGCUUAAUUGGCUCCUCCAUUGUUGUAGGUAUUGAUGUGACCUUCAUCACUACCUCUUAUAUUCUGAUCCUUCAAGCUGUAUUUAAUCUUUCUUCCCAGAAUGCUAGACACAAAGCACUUAGUACCUGUGGCUCCCAUGUGGGGGUCAUGGCCCUCUAUUAUUUGCCUGGUUUAAUUUCUGUCUAUGUGGACUGGGUGGGGAAGGAUAUGGUACCUAUGCAUACCCAGGUGCUAUUAGCUGACUUAUACCUAGUUAUCCCACCCACCUUGAACCCUCUCAUCUAUGGCCUGAGAACUAAGAGGAUCUGGGAGCGUGUUGUUGGAGUUGUUAAAAAUGUUCCAAGGUCUCUGACUUGCCAUUGUGGGUACCUGAAAUUCUAA